CUGCAACUGAAACCUCCUCUCUCGUUCCUAUAUAAUCCCCAACCUUAAAAUUAGGGUUCUUUCACCGGAAGUUUCCAAAGUAGUGUUGGCACGCACCCGCAUCUCCAUCGCCAGCCGCCAUGGGUCGCAUGCACAGUCGAGGCAAGGGUAUUUCCGCCUCUGCAUUGCCCUACAAGCGAACUCCACCCAGCUGGCUUAAGACAUCUGCUCAAGAUGUGGAAGACAGUAUUUGCAAGUUUGCAAAGAAGGGCCUGACCCCAUCACAGAUCGGUGUCAUCCUUCGUGAUUCUCACGGUAUCGCUCAGGUCAAGAGCGUAACCGGAAGCAAGAUCCUCCGCAUUCUCAAAGCUCAAGGGCUUGCACCGGAGAUUCCAGAGGAUCUUUACCAUUUGAUUAAGAAGGCUGUAGCUAUUAGGAAGCAUUUGGAGAGGAACAGAAAGGACAAAGAUUCCAAGUUCAGGUUGAUUCUCGUAGAGAGCAGGAUUCACCGUCUUGCUCGCUACUACAAGAAGGCUAAGAAGCUUCCUCCUGUCUGGAAAUACGAGUCAACAACAGCAAGCACUCUGGUCGCAUAGUCAAAUUCUCAUUACUGGAAGUUUAGGAUGCUGCAUAAUUGUUAGAUAACCAAGCGGCUAGUUUUGUGGCAUGUGAAGGCUGAGGGAAAAACGUUUUUGUUUCAAGUUACCUUUUUUUUCAAUUAUUUUUAGGAUGCAAUUUACUUCUGAUUACCUACCUAGCUUUUCUUUAAUGUCGCCAGUAACUUAUGGGAAUGAUUUAUACGUUACAUUGCCAUAUGAUGUUGUGUCCAUGCUAUGCGCAGUUUGAAAUAAUUUUUCUUCAGAUUUUUUU